UAAAAAUAACAUCAUGACCGGGAAGCGGGAGGAGUCCCGGAACCCCGCGGCCGUCUCCUGCGCGCCCCAGGACGCGCCAUGCUCGCACUGGGAAGCUGCCUGAGGAAGGCGCUGGCCCUGCGGGCGCUGGCGCCUCAGGUAUGUUCACCUUUUGCUACAGGUCCCAGGCAAAGCGAUGGGACAUUAUAUGAAUUCCGCACCUAUUUCCUCAAGUCCUCAAAAACGAAGGAGUUCCUGGAAAACUUGAAGAAAAAUGUUCACCUCCGGACUGCUCACUCUGAAUUGAUUGGAUAUUGGAGUGUAGAAUUUGGAGGCAGAACCAACAAAGUAUUCCAUAUUUGGAAGUACGAUAAUUUUGCUCAUCGAACUGCAGUUCGCAAAGCCUUGGCCAAUGAUAAGGCGUGGCAAGAACAAUUCCUCAUCCCAAAUUUGACUUCCAUUGAUAAACAAGAGAUUGAGAUUACCUACCUGGUACCAUGGUGCAAAUUGGGAAAGCCUCCCAAGGAAGGAGUCUAUGAGUUGGCUACUUUUCAGAUGAAGCCUGGAGGCCCAGCUCUGUGGGGCGACGCAUUCAAAAGAGCGGUGAAUGCCCAUGUUGACCUUGGCUACUCUACUCUAGUCGGUGUUUUCCACACUGAAUAUGGAGCCCUCAACAGAGUUCACGUUCUGUGGUGGAAUGAGAGUGCAGACAGUCGUGCAGCUGGGAGACACCGGUCUCAUGAGGACCCCAGGGUCGUAGCUGCUGUUCGGGAAAGUGUCAACUACCUAGAGUCUCAGCAGAACAUGUUCCUGAUCCCAGCAUCCUUUUCACCACUCAAGUAGUUUGGGACCUGACAUGGGCCAUCGUGGUCACUAACGUGAGGUGUGUCUACA